CUCUUUCUCGGGCUUUCGAGGUUCUCUACUUCUUGACUGUAGCCAAAUAUUUAGGAUUUCUAGGGUUUAUACGUUUUCUUGGCCAAGAGACCAUGGAUCCAGAGACCGACGAGUACAUCCGUGAAUCCAUUGAGAACUCGCUCGGCCUCCCAAUCUCUGACAAGAACCUCCGCCUCAAGGUCCUUGCUUCCGAAGACGCCCGCCGCCGCCUCCAAGAUCAGAUCUUCAUCCUUGAGGAGCGCCUCAAGGAAGCCGAGAAGCGUGUAGAGCAAUAUAAGGCAAAGGCGACCAUGAAUGCCCAAGGGUUGAGGAGGUGCAUCGAGGAGAAGGAGAUGGUGGCAUCGGGAUAUGCUGAUUUGGUGAAUCACUACGCCAAAUUGGAGGAGUGCUCUCUGUAUGAACAGGAUCUUGGGAGGGCCACGGAGUCUUGCGAUGAAUUAGCCAAGGAGAAUGACGAGCUUCAAUCACGGCUGCAGGACAACUCUUAUGUAAGUAUUAGAUUCUGUUUGUUUUUUUUUCUCUUGUAUUUUUAUUUCUUUAAUUCCUCUUCUUGCUUUCCAUGGUCCCAAGUAGAUAAAGUCUAGAAUUCCUGAUUCCAUUUUAGGGCAUUUUUUCGCUGCUCAAUCUAGUGAUCUUC